AUGGCUACAGAGGCGCCGGUGGAAGUUGUGCCGACGAAGCCCGAGGCUGAGGAGCCACCGCUUGCGGCGGUGGUGGAUAAGCCGGCGGUUGCUCCGCCGCAGCAGGACGAUGCCAAGGCUCUUGCGAAGGUCCCAGAGCCCGGCGAGCAGACGACCUCUAAAGGAUCUCUUGAUAGAGAUGUAGCUCUUGCAAAGCUUGAGGAUGAAAAGAGGUGGUCUUUCAUCAAGGCAUGGGAAGAAAGCGAAAAGACCAAAGUGGAUAACAAGGCCCAAAAGAAGCUUGCUGAUGUUGCUGCUUGGGAAAACACCAAACAGGCUUCUAUUGAGGGCAAAUUAAAGAAAAUCCAGGAAGAGCUGGAGAAGAAGAAGGCAGAAUAUGCAGAGAAAAUGAAGAACCAAGUAAUUGAAACAGAGGUCUUCAACAUACUUUCCAUUUCAAACCAUGGUCCAGACUAG